AUGAAUUCUCAACAAAUUUCUCAACGUUCUAAAAAAAUUGUCACUUUAUUUUUAAUGCUCGAAGCUUUUAAAACAAAUAAUCGAUGCCUUGAUAUGAACGUAACAAAUACAACACAUCUUUUAAUGUUUAAUCAAACUGUAAUGAAUACUACUAUUCAAUUUUUCACUCAUCUAAACUUAAGAACUUCUCAGCAAAGAAGGCCCAAAACUGUAGGAUUUUGGGUAGAUGUUUUUCCAUAUUUAACGGAUAAUGAAGGUUAUAACUCUUUUCGAAAGCAUUUUCGUAUUACCUGUGCUACUUUUAGUACAAUUGUUUCACGAUUAGAAAGUCAUCCUGCCUUUAGUGCAACUGCAUCUAAUGCGACUCCUGUGUGGAAACAAAUUGCCAUUGUAUUGUGGCAUUUAGCAAAUGGAACAGGAAUAAGAAUAUUAGAACAAACUUUAAGAGUCAGUCAAGGAUCAGUUAGUAAUUUUACAGAUCGAUUUUUAGAGGCAUUAUUAGACUUAGAAUCUGACAGAAUUGCAUGGCCACGAGGAGCAAGAUUAGCAGCUAUAAUUCAGGGAUUUGAGUGUGAAGAGAUAGGGUUAGAAAAUAAAAAAUUACCGAAUGUUAUUGGUGCUAUGGAUAGCUCUCAUAUUCCAAUUCACCCUCCUUCUAAAAUGGAUCUCGAUAUCUGUACAAUUCUUAAUCGUGAAAUCAAGCUUCAUCCAGAACAAUGGGUUCCAGGAGGUACCUAUAUUAUUGCUGACUUGGCAUAUCCACUUCGGACCUAUUUAAUGAAGGCAUUUCUGAAUUAUGAUUUAUUGGGUCAUCGAGAGCGAUGUUUUAAUAAAACACUUUCAUCAAUGCGGAUGAUUGUUGAAAAUGCAUUUGGAAUUUUAAAAGCACGAUGGAGAAUUUUAUUGCACAAAAUUUAUUGUACUGAACUAGAACGAAUAGUUAGAAUAAUUCAUGCAUGUUGUAUCUUACACAACUUUUGUAUUGAUAAUGGUGAUUUAUUGUCUUUUGAAGAUAUUGAAGUAAAUAGUGAAUUAGAAUAUGAAAAUCAGAAUGAUAUAGAAAACGAUGCAAUUACAGCUGAACAAGAGAGAAUAGCGGGUAUUCAUAAAAGAGAAUAUCUAGCAGAUUAUCUUAUGAAUGUUUAA